AUGGAAGCUAUGAUUGUGAAUCUUUGCAAAGAGUCUGAAGCCAUGAAAAAAUUCCGGGAAGAAGUGACGGGGAGUAUAAACAGCCGAGGAGAGGUUAUUAAGAACCUCGAAUCUCAAGUAGGACAUCUUUCACAGCAGAUUCCGAAGUCCACUAAUAGUUUCCCAAGUGACACAGAGAAAAACCCAAGAGGGGAAAUGAAGAAGAUGAGAUGGGAAGAGUGUAAGGCAAUUACUCUUGCAAAUAAAGAAAUCCUGGUAGAAAAUACCAGUAAAUCAACAGAGCACAACCAAGGGAGUUCCCAGAAUAACUUGGAGAGAAAGGAACAGGAAACUGGAUAUGUACAAAGAAAAGAAUCAACAGGGAAGGAAAUUCAGAAAUUUGUGCCAAGGGCACCAUUUUCGCAAAGACUCCUGGGAGGUGAGAAGGAAAGGUCGUAUUCAAGAUUCCUAGAUAUGUUUGCAUCUCUCAGUGUUAACAUCCCUUUUAUCAAAGCUCUCCAACAGAUGCCUACAUACAUCAAGUACAUGAAGGAGCUGCUGACCAAGAAAGGAACCUUAAAAGGAGAACAGACUGUGACAAUGAAAAAGGAAUGUAGUGCCCUCAUCAAGAAAGAUGUGCUCCUAAAGAAAAAAGAUCCAGGGAGCUUUCAUAUUCCCUGUGUCAUAGGAGAAACAAGAAUCGACAGAGGAUUUUGUGACCUAGGAGCUAGCAUAAAUAUGAUGCCUCUAUCUCUUAUGAAGAAGCUGCAAAUCAAUGAGCUGAGAUCCACUGAUGUAAUCAUACAAUUGGCUGAUAAAACUCAGAAGCAGGCUGAAAGAGUAGUCGAAAAUGUGCUGGUGAAAGUGGGAAACUACUUCCUCCCCACAGACUUUGUUGUUCUGGACAUGGAGGAAAGUUGCCUCCAUCCCAUUAUUCUGGGGAGACCAUUUCUAGCCACUGGUCGAGCACUCAUUGAUGUAGAACAAGGAGAGUUGAUACUAAGAAUACAUGAUGAGCAACUCACUUUCCAGGUCUUCAAGCCCAUGCAUGAAUCUGAGCAAGAGAGCAAGAAAUUAAAGGAAGAAUACAUGGAGAGCUUUCUAAAGGAGAAUAGCAAUGAACCAUCAGACAAGCAUCUGAAGUUUCCCUUGAUAGAUAAACAAGAAACUCAAGAGAUGAAGCAACCAAUGGAGUUCAAGGAAGAGCUGAAGCCAGGAGAAUCAGGAAGAGCAGCUAAUAAGGAUCUCCCUAACACAAGAGUCAAUGGAGCACUAAUGGACGAAGAGAAAAGAGUUGUGAAGAAAUUGCCAAGAGGAUGGAGAAACAAGAAGGUGCCUACAGAAGGUUUCUCCCCUGAAGACAAGGUGAUAUCAAUCCACCAGCCACCAAUGCCACCCCAUCUUCCAACCAUUCCAUCUCAGUUACCUCAAGUAUUCACAAUCAAAAAAGUCCUUUCCCUAGAGCAUUUGGAGAUUAUUAAGGAAUCAAAUGGGGACAGUUUCAUAGUGAGAGGAGAGGACCUCAAGCAUUACAAGCCACCGUAG